AUGGCCGGCAGCAAAGGUGAGAGCAGUGCUGGGCCUGUAGUUCUCGCCUCGACUGGCCCCUCGCGUCAUGUGGGCACUCCAGCAACUCCUACCCUGAGAGAGACGCAUCCUCAGCAUGACGCCCCACGGCAGACACAUAAUCCUGCCGCGGACGCCGCGGGGAGCCGAGCGGCAGGUCCGACACAGACCGUGACGGACGUCUCCGCCUUCACCACGGCCCACGCCGCCACCGGCUCCUCCUCAGCGCUUUCAUCCGCCCCGCCGGCUCAGAGCGCCGUCCCCGUCGCCGAGGGCCGGCCCCUCCCGACCGCAGAGCCCCUCGCCACCUUUUCAUCUCCGCCGGCCCGCUCAGAUCCUGGCUCCGACCCGGCUGGGUCCAUCACGGCGGCCGCCACGCGCGCCUCGGCUCCGGGCCGGGGCCCCGUGGGCCCCACGCGCCGGGACGUCCCCUCUGAACUCAACAUUGGCGAUGAAGACCUUAAAGGGGGCCGUCAUCGUUUGACCUCCCCCCUCGACCCCCUGCUGGCUGGAUUGCUAUCCGUGUUCAUUGUAACCACCGCUAUUGUCUUUGUUGCACUCUUCCUCAAGUUCCGCCAGCGGGCAAACCACCCAGAGUUUCAUCGGCUGCAGGAUUUACCCAUGGAUGAUUUGAUGGAGGACACGCCUCUCUCCAGAUACACCUACUGACAGAGGCGACACCGGAGGAAGACGAGUGAGGGUCUGAGCGCGGCCUCGGCCUGGAUGCAGCAGGAUCAAUAUGUUUUUAUGCUCAGCGAUAGGAUCUCGCAAUAAGAGGUUCAGGUCUCACUCUCACUCACUCGUCACAUCGUCUGCCUGGAGCGAGUCCCAGCUGUUAUUUGGGCGAGAAGCGGGUACAGCUGUUUUGGCUUUUUGCUUUGUUUUUUCUUACAUUCCCUUUAAUGUUCAGACGUUCUUCAGCAAAGUGAGAACCUUGACUACACUGUGAGCCUCACUGAUUCUUUAUGCACUGCACUUUUAAUGUAACGCGAAUGGUUACACUGCCCCCUAGCGGACAUUUGGAGUCAUGUGGAUCAAGACGCCCUCAGGUCCUUCAGCACAGGAGUAAGAGACACAGACAGACUGAGUGUAGAACGUGCUUCAAGACAGAUCGAGGAAUAUAAACUAUGAUCCAUUCAUUGACUAAAUAAUAGAAAAGGGAACUUCCACAACACAUUUCCAGGUUCCACAUUUCUAAGUCUCAUUUUAUAGUAAAGAAGAAGGUAAUUUAAAUCAACAUCUAAUACCUAAAAACACUCGAUACUGAAUUACUGAAUAACAAAGGUGCCUAUAAUUAAUUUAAUAUUUAUUGUUGUGGCCUUUAAUGUAUAGUUCAACAGUCAGGCGCCAAAGUGAGUUACUUCGUUUUUUUGUAUAUGUAUAUUUUUGUGUGUAUCAAACAUCAUAAAUCAAUCAGAUCCUUCUAAACUUAGUAUUAGACAAAAACAACCUCAGAUGAACACUAACAGCUUUUCUCCAUUGUCCUUCACUCGAGUACUUUUAUGAUUCGGUUUUAGGUUUUUUUUUGCAUUCAUAGAUCCACCUUUAGAAGCAAUAACGCCCUCUUUCUGCGCUCCCGUCACUUAAACUUGCUGUACAACGUUGAAUUCCAAAUGGUUACCGUCCCAGAGUGAUGUGCAGCAACACUAUGGAAGCGGUGAGGACACGAGUAUUGUCUGCAGUGUUGUCUUUUUAAAUUCUUUUGUUAUAAAUUAUUGUACAGUAGUGGAAAAAAAAACUAGGAAGCAUAUGAUAAAAAGCUUUUAGGACUUGUACCUCUGAUGUAUCUGGAGCUGGUAUUUAAAAGCUGAAUUUGGUUGUUUUCACCACUGACACAAAGAUCCCACCUCAAUCACUUUAACACAAGUCAACUGCACUGAAUGUGUGUGAAGUCAUUGACAUAGGAGGAAGACGUGCUGACAAUAAGCUGCUGUUUCACAUCUUGCUGUUCGGUGCCAACCGUGACGUACUGUUAAAGAAUGCCAUUAAAAUGAGCUGUGGGGUGAUCUCCUGUUAAAACAGAA